UUUCCUCUUUCCUCGUUUUUAAUGUCGCUAUCAAAGCAAGAUGAAGGGGAUCAUGUUGUUGCCUCUCUUUUGCCAUGUUGUAUCUCCAGUGAAACACUCGCUGAAGAUUUUUGCCACAACGUCCUCUGGAGUCAAAAACUUCCCAGAUUAUGUGGGUGUUGGGUUGGUUGAUGAAGUUCAAUGGGGUUACUGUGACAGCAUCAGUAAGACAGUGGAAGCCAAACAGGACUGGUCACAAAAAAUGUUUGAAGAUGAUCCACAGUACUUGGAGUGGUGCACGCAGCAGUGUGUAUUAGACCAAUAUGACCACAAAGCUCACAUUGACAUUUUGAAGCAGCAACUGAACCAAACUGAAGGUGUCCACAUCUUCCAGAUGAUGAACAGCUGUGAAUGGGAUGAUGAGACUGGAGAGGUUAAUGGUUUUGUUCAGUUUGGUUAUGAUGGAGAAGACUUCAUAGCAUUUGACCUGAAGACACUGACAUGGAUCGCUCCAAAACCACAAGCUGUCAUCACCAAACACAAGUGGGACAGAGAUAGAGCUCACAAUGAAAGGUGGAACUACUUCCUCACCCAGCAGUUCCCUGAGUUUUUGAAGAAAUAUUUGGACCUUGGGAAGAGCUCUCUGCUGAGAACAGAGCUUCCCUCAGUGUCUCUCCUCCAGAAGACUCCCUCCUCUCCAGUCAGCUGCCACGCUACAGGUUUCUACCCUUACAGAGCCAUGAUGUUCUGGAGGAAAGAUGGAGAGGAGCUUCAUGAGGACGUGGAACACGGAGAGAUCCUCCCCAACCAUGAUGGAUCCUUCCAGAUGAGUGUUGACCUGAACCUUUCAUCAGUCAAACCUGAAGACUGGAGGAGGUACGAAUGUGUGUUUCAUCUUUCUGGUGCAAAGAACGACAUCAUCACCAAACUAGACAAAAAAGUGAUCAGAACCAAUUGGGGUAAGACUGGAAUACUGACUUUACAGUGUUUAUUUAAUUGCAUUGGCAUGCCCUUUAUGCACUGUGAAUGUUUUGUUCUGGUUCCUGUUUCUCCCUCAGAGUUCCCUGCUGGUCCUGUUAUUGGAGGUGUUGUAGGACUGCUGCUGCUCCUGGCAGUCUGCAUCACUGGAGUCUUCAUCUGGAGAAGGAGAGAUAAUGGAUUCAGGCCUGCAAACUCUUCAGACCCAUCAUCCUUUGAAAUUUCUGAGGUCAGAGAUGCAGCUCUUAACUGAUCACAGAGUAACAACAUCUGGAGAGAACUGAUGCUGCUGUCCAGCUGUUUCCUCAAACCUUUGGUGGAGAUGAAUCACUGCAGCAGCUACCAGACACCAAAGAGCCACAACGUUACUCCAGUGGGGCAUCUUUUGUCUUCAGAUAUCAAAUUCAUGUCAGUUAGUCAUGUGAUGUACUGUCUUUGAUGAUGAUGGCACAUCAGACAUGCAGCACU